GUUAGGAGCAGCCCGUGCUGUCAGCUCAGUAGCUUUUGUUAAAGACUGGCGAGCUUUUAAGCGCAAAAAAGAGAAGUGGCCUAUUUUUUUUUUCUUUCUCUCUCCUAUUCCAUCUUUCUCUCAUCCCUCUGCAGGUGUGGUGUCGGUGAGUUUCGAGGAGGAUGAGGAAGGAAAUUUGUGUCUUAUUGCGUACCCUCUGCACAGUGAGCUUGGGGACCUGGAGAACGUGGACCCCUCGGCGGACCUGGAACCCAAUAACAAAAUAAAAUGGGUCAGUAAGAUGCUGCUGGACAAUGAGGGCUACAGCAAGGACCGGUCCAGACACGCUCGGAAGGAUAAGGACAAGAGUGUGAAACGCGAGGAGGAGCUGGAGUGGCUCAAGCAGGCCGAGGUGUUCUACUACAGCCUGGAGAGGAGCAAUGCUGCUGGCCCUCAGCUCAAGCACAACCCCUGGAGCCUCAAGUGCCACCAACAACACCUGCAGAGGAUGAAGGAGAAUGCAAAACACCGCAACCAAUACAAAUUCAUCCUGUUGGAGAACCUGACAUGGCGCUACACAGUUCCAUGCGUGCUUGAUCUGAAGAUGGGCACGAGGCAACAUGGGGACGACGCCUCUGAGGAGAAGAAGGCCGUCCAGAUCCGUAAAUGUCAGCAGAGUACGUCCGCCAGCAUCGGAGUGCGCCUCUGCGGCAUGCAGGUCUACCAUUCAGACACAGGGCAGCUCAUGUUCAUGAACAAGUACCACGGCCGUAAGCUGACCCUGUCUGGCUUCAAAGAGGCCAUCUUUCAGUUCUUCCACGACGGGAGACGCCUAAGACGCGAGCUCCUGUCGCCGGUGCUGCGGAGACUGCGAGACAUGCAGGCGGCCCUGGAGGCCUGUGAAAGCUACCGCUUUUACUCCAGCUCGCUCUUGAUAAUAUACGACGGAGACCCUCCACGAUCCCGCCACUCCGCAGAGGAUGGGCUUUCAGAAGAGGAGGAGGAAGAAGAAGAAGAGGAGGAGGAGGAGGAGGAGGAAGAAGAAGAGGAGGGUGGUGCUUUUGGAUUCCCUCACGGCACAGGUGCGGGCAGCAGCAGUAGCAAAAGCGGUGCUUGUGGCGGCAGCUCUGCUGUGGUGCGACGUAUGACCAGAUCAGACAGCGGCCCGGUGGUGGACGUUCGCAUGAUUGACUUUGCCCACACCACGUGUCGGCACUACGGCGAGGACAGUGUAGUCCACGAGGGCCAGGAUAGUGGUUACAUCUUCGGAUUGGAGAACCUCAUCACCAUUAUUUCGCAACUAGAGGACAACAGCACAGAUUAAACCACAACCAGCAUGGUUUUCGAAUGGGAAAAUGUUUCUUUCUCUUCCUCAUUCUUUCAAUCCCUCGAGACGUUCAGCUCAGUAAAAUCUCAAAGUUCCACCUGUUCAGUUGUUUUUGGUUUCUGAUUUUAGGAUUUAAAAGGGGUGAGAAGCUAACGUUGAGACGUCACACGAUCGGCUUCCUCCAUGUUUAGUAGCCUCAC